GAUUUAAAUAAUAAUUUAAAAAAAUAUAUAACAGAUUUAAAGCAAAAUGUCAUCAUUAAUAUGGAACAAGUUAAAAAACUUUUAUUACUUUAUAAAUGUCCAACCAAAAUCACGAAUCAAAAAGAUGAUCGAUUACUUAUUCAGGCAGUGUUGCAACGUCAUAUCAUAGAAACGAUAUUUUCAUACGCGACAAAAUAUUUUCAACCGACAACAGGAAAAUAUCAUCAUCUCGAAUCAGAUAUAAUCAAUAAAACAUCUGCAUUAUAUAUCUCAUUAACUAAUAUUUCAAAACAACGUACUGGAAAUAAAGAAGUAACACUUCUUGCAUCAACGAAAUUACGACAGCAAAUUUAUUCAAUUCUUAAUAACCACGCAUUCAGUGAUAUUAUUGGAGAUACUAUUCAUGAGCAUCCUUUCAUUGAUUAUCAUAAAAAACAAUUAAAUAAUAUUAUGAAUGAAUUACGUAUUAUCAAAGAUGAUCAAGAAAAAAUUGCUUCUGAAAAUUUGGCUGCAACUAUUAUUCGGGAAUUUGUAAAGAUAUUUUGGUUUAGAUUGAAAGUCCAAGAACCUGUUGUUCAAUACGCUUGGGUCCCGUGUAAUGCUAAAGUAAAUAAAUCAUUUAUGGAAGGAAUAAAUUUUAGCGAUAAUGAAAAUUUGUACGUUGAUUUAUGUUAUUUCCCUUUAACUGGAAAAGAUCUUGCGUCAAGCAAUAGAACGAUUUAUACGCCUGCAAAAGUCUUUACAAGGAAAGAAUGAUAACAUCAAGGUCAAUUACUGUAAAUUAAAAAUUUUUGAUUUCAUCUCUAUACAUUGUAUAUUUUUUCAAAAUGUAUAAAAUUUUUAUUGUAUGAGAUUAUAAAUAAAAG